CGCGGCGGCGGCGGCGCCCCGGGCUCACCAUGGUGGCAGCGCGCGCCGAGUGCCCGCGCGUCGCCGGCCGCCCGAGCCGCAGCGCCGGCUGAGCCCGGUCCUCCGGCAGUCCCCGGCCCCUGUCCAGCCCGCGCGUCCCCUCCGGUCGCCGCUGUCUAUGGCGCAGCCCCCCUCCCUGGAUCAUGCACAGAAACUUUCGCAAGUGGAUUUUCUACGUGUUUCUCUGCUUUGGCGUCCUCUACGUGAAGCUUGGAGCGCUGUCUUCCGUGGUGGCCCUGGGAGCCAACAUCAUCUGCAACAAGAUCCCCGGCUUGGCCCCGCGGCAGCGCGCCAUCUGCCAGAGCCGGCCCGAUGCCAUCAUCGUGAUUGGGGAGGGGGCUCAGAUGGGCAUCAACGAGUGCCAGUACCAGUUCCGUUUCGGCCGAUGGAACUGCUCCGCCCUUGGAGAGAAGACUGUCUUCGGGCAAGAGCUCCGAGUAGGAAGCCGUGAGGCCGCCUUCACCUACGCCAUCACCGCAGCCGGCGUGGCCCACGCCGUGACAGCCGCCUGCAGCCAGGGCAACCUCAGCAACUGCGGCUGCGACCGCGAGAAGCAGGGUCACUACAACCAGGCCGAGGGCUGGAAGUGGGGCGGCUGCUCGGCCGACGUGCGCUACGGCAUCGACUUCUCCCGGCGCUUCGUGGACGCCCGCGAGAUCAAGAAGAACGCGCGGCGCCUCAUGAACCUGCACAACAACGAGGCGGGCAGGAAGGUCCUGGAGGAGCGCAUGAAACUGGAGUGCAAGUGCCACGGCGUGUCGGGCUCGUGCACCACCAAGACGUGCUGGACCACGCUGCCCAAGUUCCGCGAGGUGGGCCACCUGCUCAAGGAGAAGUACAACGCGGCCGUGCAGGUGGAGGUGGUGCGCGCCAGCCGCCUGCGCCAGCCCACCUUCCUGCGCAUAAAGCAGCUGCGCAGCUACCAGAAGCCCAUGGAGACGGACCUGGUGUACAUCGAGAAGUCGCCCAACUACUGCGAGGAGGACGCGGCCACGGGCAGCGUGGGCACACAGGGCCGCCUGUGCAACCGCACCUCGCCCGGCGCCGACGGCUGCGACACCAUGUGCUGCGGCCGCGGCUACAACACUCACCAGUACACCAAGGUCUGGCAGUGCAAUUGCAAGUUCCACUGGUGCUGCUUCGUGAAGUGCAACACAUGCAGCGAGCGCACCGAGGUUUUCACCUGCAAGUGAGCCGGCAGCCAAGGCAGGGCCGCGGUGACGGGGCCACGGCGGGUGGGGUGGCAUCGGGCAGUCACGGCGGUGAGGGGCCACAGAGAACGGUCACUGGGCAGGGGGCUCCGGCGGGCAGCCAUGGCUCAGCCGAAGGCAUUUUGCACAUCCACCCGUCACCGUCCUCUGCUGCGGCUCUGCCUGCUUCGGUGGGUGGAGAUGGGGGGCGCAGGGCAGGAAGGCACCAGCGGGGGCCCGUCACCCUCUCGCUGACCCCCCACGGCUCCUUCCUGCACUUCCUCUGUCACUUCUUGGGGGCAGAACAGUGUCCACGACCUGGCCAAGAGGGCAAAGCAAAAUGGCCCUGGGACAGGACCUGGCAAACUCCUUUUGUCUGGAAGGGGGAAUCCCAAGGACACACAUGUGCCCCCUGGGAGCAAAGUGACAUGAUCGGAGUGUCCCUCCCCUGCCCAGUGGCACGGACAUGGAGAGGCUACAUGGGCUGGCCACACUCAAGACUGUAACCGAGGCCAUAUCCGCUGCUGACCCUGGACGAUCUGGACAGAUGUUGACAGAAAUUAUUUAUGUUUUCUUAGUCCCAGAAGCGAUCCCCAGCUACGCAUAGCCAGGUCUCACCGUCCUCCGUGUUAGGGAAUUUCCUCGCACCCCUUCUGCUUCCGCUCCUGGCCCAGUGCCUGGGAGGCUCUGAGGAGGGGCACGGACAGGGCCCUCCAGCCCCCUCUUUCCUCCUUCCUGAAAAUCACAUCGAGCAAAUCCAGGUGUCACCAGGUCAGGCUCCUGAGUGCCACAGCCCCUCCCCGGCACCUGCCAGCCCCUCGCCAGCCCGGCUCGCUCCGGUUGACAGAGCCCCCCACCCAGCGCUGCGGCUGCUGACUUGUUCAGGGAUGUUUGCCUCACUCAAUAGCAGACAAACUGAGGCCCAGAAAGGCCUGAGGACGUGCCAGGGGCCCUGCAGUCGUGAGCGAUGGCUCCUGCACGGCUUGGCGUUCAGACUCAGCUCAAGAUGUUCUGGAACCAUCCGGGAGUGGGGGCGAGAAGGCCCCGAUGCCUGGAGAAGCCUGGCCACCCCUUCCCCACUACCCACACACUUGGGCCCGCACCCUCUCACGGUGCCUUUGGGGGCCUCUUGGGGGGCUCCCUCACCUGGGACUUGGGGCUCAAAGUGCCCUUCGUGGGUGCACCCCCCACCCUCCCUGAGGAGACUGAAGCCAGGGAGCCACUUGCCCAAGCAACCUGCCCCUCCACUGCCUAUGGCCCCGUUUUCUCAACAGAAGCUUCUGGAAAACAUGUUCUCGGGGCUGCCAAGGAGCUGAGUGGGCUGGACGUCGGCCUGGGGCAAGUGGCCCCAUCUGGGACCUGGCCCUGGCGUUCUAGCUCACGUGUCCCAGCUGCCGGAACCUUCCCUUGGCUGCCGUCGUGGGGAGCCCUGGGCUGCCCUGAAGCCCUGCACCCCACCCGGCCCUGUCAUUCCCCAAGUCCGGGACACCCCAAGCCUGCAGGCCCAGCAUGCUCUGCCAAGGAACCUGAUUAACUUAUAUUGUUAUAUAGCGUCGAAAUGUCUAUAGUGUCUUAAAUUAUUGUGACCUACACUGGGUACGGAGGGGCGGGGGGUGCCGAGGCCACCCCCCCCCCCAGCCAGGCUCCUUCUUCCGCUUGAAACAGACCCUUGGGGCUCCCGACGCCCCGAGUCCCUUGCACUGUGCCUCGGCCGCCACUGCAGCCCGCUGCCCGCCCAGCUGGGAUCCCGGCCGCCUCCUGAUGCUGUUGGUGACCUGGCUGGCCCGGGGCGAUGCGGCGAGCCAUGCCAGCCAGGAUCCCCCACGAGGGCGGUGGUGGUGGUGGGGUUCGCCCAGGCUGUGGGACCCCGCAGGGAGGCACUCGGCUCAAUAAAAGCUGGAAUCGGAGAA